GUCGCAUUGCAAAGGGUAAAGCUCAUUUUAGUACAAACGCAAGGUGGUUCCAGUGCAUGCAAAUUCUCCAGACCAUCGAGGAAUAGUUUGCAUUGUUACUAAAUCAAAAUUUGAGAAUUUCUCCAACUGGUCAAUCAAAUUUUUUAAAAAUUGAACGCAACAAUAGCAUUGAAACAGCGUGGGUCUCACUAGAGCAAAGCAGUGUAUAUACAAUCAUUAAAUUAUCAUAAUUAUUUAUGUCAAAUAUAACAUUGCAUUGUUGUCGGAAUGAACAAUUUUAUAUUUUAAAUAAUUAAUAGAUACGAGGAAAACCAUGAGAAUUGCAGGUGCUGUAUUGAUCCUUAGCGUAUAAUUCAGCCGAGUACUAAAAACCUUGCCUUGUGUGACACAUCUGCAAGAACAAUCGUAAAAUAAUUCAGGAUUUUAUUUCAUUUAAAUUUUCACUGAACGUGUGACACAAACACCAGAUACGAACGAACAUUCUUUCCUGAAUUUUGCAAUUCAAGAACGCAGAACCUUUUCAUAUGCAUAGGUACUAACAUCCAUCCAACACUCUUGUCACUUGUCUAUAGACAGUCAUAUACAGUUUUUUCUCACUUUUUGUAAAUGUCCCAUUGUGCAUACGUGCGAAACACGGACAGGGUAAAAAUAGUUUUUGAGUAAAAGCUUGGGGAAAUACUUUAAGACGAUAAUGGCAACAUCCACCUUUGAUUUCGACAUGGACGGAAAUACAAGAUCCCGGAACCAAACCCAUCUCAAAGCCCAGCAUCAUCAGCAUGACACUCUCUCAGAGUUUAAUCGAAACAACAACACCGGAGCCUUGUCAUUUAACCAGCAACAGAAUGCGAUGGGGAAACAGCCCAAGAUGGAUUUGAGUGACAUGGAGAACGUACCAUUGCCAAUAAUGGCGACGACGGGACGAAACAACAAGAGCGGCGGCACUCUGGAGUCGUCCAUGGGGAUUCCAGCUCUUCCACGCCCAAUUUCGGAGUACGGAGACAGCGACAUUUAUCAUCAUCCAAAUGUAGAUCGAGCUAUUUAUGCCAAAAAUAAUUCUUCCUGGAACAUCGUCAACGAUGGGAGAAAAGGGGGCAAUAUUUCCUUGGAGGAAAUUAUCGGAGUUAAGGAUGUUUGCGGAAAUAAAGGAUUAUGGAGGAUGCUGAUUGCGGAAUUCAUAGGAACGCUACUUCUUGUUUUUUUGGGAUGUGGGACCUGCAUUUCUAGUUGGACUGCAGAAUAUUCCCCCAGCAUGGUCCAAAUUGCAUUAUCGUUCGGAUUGAUAGUUGCAACACUUGCGCAGGCACUUGGGCAUGUUAGUGGCUGUCACAUUAACCCCGCAGUCACUGUAGGCCUGGUAGCGUCCGGACAGUGUAGCAUCCUAAAAGCAAUUCUCUACAUAAUUUCGCAAUGUAUGGGAGGAGUUUGCGGAUCCGCAAUUUUAAAGACCGUGACUCCUGCCGAAAUUCAAGGAAAUUUGGGAUUAACAUUGGUCAGCUCUAAACUUUCACCUUUACAAGGACUCUUACUCGAAGCAAUUAUUACUUUCGUCCUGGUUUUAACUGUAUGCGCUGUAUGUGACGACCUGAGGAAGGACAUCAAGGGCUCUGCACCUUUGGCGAUUGGACUCUCAAUUACUGCAUGUCAUCUUAUGGCGAUCCAGUACACGGGUAGUAGGCCCUGCUAUUUUGAGUAAUAUUUGGACAUUUCAUUGGGUGUACUGGGCAGGCCCAUUGUUGGGGGGAUUUUUUGCUGGAUUCAUUUAUCAAAUUAGUUUCAAGGAACGCCCCGAAAAAUGAUAAAACUUUUGGAAUUUCAGCUACAGAUGCCUUCAACUUACUACACACCAACAAAAAAAUUAAUAUUUAUCAAAUAUAUUAUUAUAUUCUUGUUAUUUGAAAUUAAAUGUGCAAACUAAAUAUGCAGUGGACAAGACAAACGCCAAUUUAUUUAGGACUAAUAAGAGUUACUUUACUGUCAAUAAAAGUGUAACAUUCGAUCGGUUAACUCAA